AUGGUUCGGCUGACAUUCUCAACACUGCUCUGGACAUUAUCCACAUUCUCAGUGAUAUACACAACCAGUCUGAAAUCAGAUGUUCAACGGGACGGUGAUGUGGAAUCCCCUGACCUCAGUAAUUUGCCACCAAUAAUGAGACGUUAUAGUGUACCGGAUAUAGGUUCUCAACAAUAUGACCCUGGUGUGUUCAGUCCUCGACCAGCAAUGCAAAUGAUUGUAUCUAGAAACUCUGAACUCAUAGACGCGGAAAUCCCUGGGUUUCUUGAAGGUGAUAUGUAUAUCCCAGAUGUUAAGACUAAAAGAUCAGUGAUUGCCGAUGAAUCCAGACGUUGGCCAAAUGCAGUGGUGCCAUAUGUCAUUGACCCGGUUUAUGACGGCGAGUCCGUGAGAAAAAUCGAAUCAGCGAUGGAAGAAUUUCAUCACUACACGUGUCUGCGUUUUGUCAGACGAACUUACGAAGAACAUUAUCUUUAUAUCUUGCCUUUAGAUGGAUGUUGGUCUGGCUUCGGUUACGGUGCAUAUGCGGGGCAGAAAAUAUCUCUCGGCAACGGCUGCGUGGCAUUCACCGUUAUACUGCAUGAGUUGAUGCACGCACUGGGAUUUAUUCAUGAACAAAAUCGUAACGACAGAGAUAACUAUGUAUAUAUUCUAAGACAGAAUAUAUCUCCCAAUUUUGUGAGCCAAUUUGAAAAAACACUGGAUAAAGUGUUAACACAUGGAACCCCGUACGAUUACGACUCUAUCAUGCACUACCACAGGACAGCUUUCACCAAGGACGGACAACCCACAGUAAUCUCUGUUGAUGAUUAUCACAAAGAACUUGGAACAGCGACCACGUUCACAAAAUGGGAUUUCGUGGAAAUAAACGCCGCCUACAAAUGUGGUAUGGUGAAUUUUGUAAUGUUUGAUGAUGAUGUUGAUGAUGAUGAUGCUGCUGCUGCGCUGCUGAUGAUGAUGAUGAUCUAA